AGGAAAGUAGUGAAGUGAAAACUACAGCGUAAACCAUGCUUAUAAAGGAGUAUCGCAUUCCUUUGCCGCUAACGGUGGAAGAAUACAGGAUAGCACAACUGUAUAUGAUUGCGAAAAAAAGUCGCGAAGAGAGCAGUGGCGCUGGCAGUGGAGUCGAAAUUAUCGUGAAUGAACCAUAUCAGGAUGGACCGGGUGGCAAUGGGCAGUACACGCGUAAAAUCUACCAUGUCGGAAGCCACCUGCCCGGGUGGAUCAAAGGGCUACUGCCGAAGAGUGCGCUCACGGUCGAGGAGGAGGCGUGGAAUGCCUACCCCUACACGAAGACACGAUACACGUGCCCGUUCGUAGAGAAGUUUUCGCUCGAGAUAGAAACCUACUACUUUCCCGACAACGGCCACCAAGAGAAUGUGUUUAAACUGAGUGGUUCCGACCUGCGCAACCGGAUUGUGGAUCUGAUCGAUAUCGUAAAGGACCAGCUGGGCGGGGCAGACUAUACGAGGGAGGAAGACCCUACGCUCUACUGUUCCGAGCGCACCGGACGGGGCCCACUAAACGAACAAUGGUUGGACGAGUACUGGGAGGAGGUGAAGGAGCGCAAGCAACCAACGGAACGCAAUAUGUCACUAAUGUGUGCGUACAAGCUGUGCCGCGUGGAGUUCCGCUACUGGGGUAUGCAGACAAAGUUGGAAAAGUUCAUCCACGAUACGGCUCUGCGCAAGACGAUGUUACGGGCUCACCGUCAGGCGUGGGCCUGGCAGGACGAGUGGUACGGCCUAUCGAUGGAGGCAAUACGGGAGAUCGAGCGCCAAACCCAGCUGGCGCUGAAGCGAAAGAUGGGCAACGAUGAUGCAACCGACGGAAACGAUGCUGGCGAUGAGGAGGAGGAAGAAGAGGAUGAAGAAGAAGCAGGACUACAGUAUGGUAAGAUGCGCGAUGGCGUGCAUGAACAUGACAAUCGUAGCUCAAAUAAAAUAUACUCGCUCGAAAAGACUAAUGAAAACUCGACACCACGCAUGGACAAAAAGGACAAAAUUCCGGUGAUCACUACGGGAGAAUAUGGUGAUGACGGUGGUGGCAGAAGAGAGCAACGGAUUGGUUCUGGUGACAACCAGCGGAAGGACGAGGAUAAACGUGUCGGUGACGCAAACGACAGCGACGACGGUGGCGAGUACGAUGAGGGCGAGGAAACUGCUGAAGGAACCCGGGGCAGCAGCAGUCAAGGCGGUAGCAGUUUGCUGCGAAAGCAGCACCACUCGGGCUCGAAAAGUAAACUCCACUCGCCCCUGGGCUCGGCACAAAGUUUUGAUUUGCAGGUUGCCAACUGGAGGAUGGAAAAGUUGGAGGUAGACUCAAAAUCUGGCUCCGAGGAGGAAUUUUUCGAUUGCGUAGCACGGGGUGAAUUGGGAGAGAAAGCAUCGCUUGUAAAGUGGAGCUCACUGGAGCUACUGGCCGAAGAGGAUGACAGUCCACCGAUCGCAGCGAACCACAAGCACCAAGAGGACAGUAUCUUCAGUCAAUCGUACCUGCAGCGCGUCACCUCCGAGCGUGGAAUGCGCAGGUCUUUUCUAGGGCAGUUCUCCAGCGUCGACCGUCAGAAUCACGACCCAUCGCCACCGGGUUCUCCCGGCUUGCCCUCCUGUCCCACAUCGGUCCUGAUACUAAUCAUGCAUGCCGGCAGCGUGCUCGAUGCUAGUUCCGACAUGACGACGAAGAAAUCUGACAUCACCACCUUCCGAGGGGCGCUCGAGUCUGUCAUGCGGCAACACUAUCCUGCCCUUGUCGGCCACGUAGCCCUCCGGUUGCUACCCUGUCCGCCGGUGUGUUCCGAUGCGCUUGGCAUUCUGUCCAGUUUGAGCCCGUACUCCUUCAACAGUCCGCCGGCUGGAAGCGAUGUAGCCAGCCUCACUGACGUCCCGAUCGGCGCCAUCCCGUUGCUAGCAACGUCUUCGCCCGACUUUCACGAAUCGGUGAGCCGCGCCGUCACUUGUGCCAAUCAGAUUUUCUCCGAGUUCCUGAAGUCCGACGAAGGGCGCGGUUUUAACGGUCAGAUCGUGAUGAUCGGCGACUCGAUGGGUAGUAUCCUGGCGCACGAUGCACUAUGCCGGUCGAACGCUCACCAGGGCAGCGAAGCAUCUGGUCUCAAUCACAUUUCUGAUUUUGUCGAAGCGAACGAGCUCGAUGCAAGCAAAUUACUCACGGCGCCUUCACCUCGGAGACGGUCUUCCUCUACGAGUGAGUCCCGCAUUCCAAAGUUCGAGUUCGAGGUGGGAGACUUUUUUAUGUUUGGCAGUCCGCUGGCAGUGAUCCUUUCCGCCCGCCGGUUGGCCGAUCAUCGGUGCGGCAACCACAAGCCGGCCUGCACCCAGCUGUACAAUCUAUUCCACCCGACAGAUCCGACCGCGUCUCGGCUCGAACCACUCCUCAGCGCGCGAUUCUCGCUGUUGUCCCCAGUGAAUGUGCCACGCUACGCCAAGUACCCGCUCGGUAACGGUCAGCCGUGUCAUUUGCUCGAGCUCAUCCAGUCGAGCCCGCAGAUCUUUGGAGAUGGGCUGCCGCCUCGGCGACUCUCGGACACCUCGAUUCAAAGCGGCGCAUCUGGGAUCAUCGACAACGUGCCGCUCACUACCAUUAAUCAACUUCAGCAGCGAUGGUGGGGACCGAAACGUCUCGACUACGCGCUCUACUGCCCCGAGGGGUUGAGCAACUUUCCUUCGCAUGCACUGCCCCACCUCUUCCACGCCAGCUACUGGGAGUCGAGCGAUGUAGUCGCGUUCAUCCUGCAGCAGAUCGGACGCUUCGACGAACUGGCGUGCACUGGUGCAUACGAAAAGGACGUUUCCUCCUUUCGGCCCGGCCAGCCACGGGAAAAGUGGAACAAAAAGCGUACCUCGGUCAAACUGAAGAAUGUUGCGGCCAAUCACCGGGCGAACGAUGUGAUCGUGCGCGAAGGUGAACCCCAACGGCUGGUAGCACGCUUCAUGUACGGUCCCCUCGACGUCAUAACACUAGCGGGUGAGCGGGUCGACAUCCACAUCAUGCGCGAUCCGCUGGCGGGAGAGUGGCAGUUGCUGGCCACUGAAACAACGGAUAAAAAUGGCCGCAUCACCUUCACGGUCCCAGAGGAUCGUACCUGCGAGUACGGCAUUUUUCCUGUAAAGAUGGUUGUGCGCGGUGAUCAUACGUCGGUCGACUUCUACAUGGCCGUUGUACCACCGAGGACAGAAUGCAUCGUGUUCAGCAUCGACGGCUCGUUUACGGCGUCCGUGUCGGUAACGGGUAAGGAUCCGAAGGUACGGGCAGGCGCAGUCGACGUGUGCCGCCAUUGGCAGGAGCUUGGCUACCUGCUCAUUUACAUCACCGGUCGGCCCGACAUGCAACAGCAGCGCGUACUAUCGUGGUUGAGUCAGCACAACUUUCCCCACGGACUGGUCUCGUUCGCUGAUGGGCUGUCAACCGAUCCGCUCGGUCACAAGGCGACCUAUCUAAACAAUCUAAUACUGAAUCAAGGUCUCAUUGUGCACGCUGCGUACGGUAGCAGUAAGGAUAUUAGUGUUUACACCAGCAUUGGGCUUAAGCCUAAACAGAUCUUCAUCACCGGGAAGGUUAGCAAAAAGCUUCAGACUACGGCAACGCCACUAACGGAGGGGUAUGCCGCACACCUAAGUACUCUGAUGACGGUAGGCGGAUCACGGCCCGCCCAGGGCAAUGCACGGAUGGUUAUACCAAGAAGCUGCUUUAAUCUACCCGGCCAGAACCAAUCCAUUCGCAGGCGACGAUUUGUGCCCGGCUAAACGGGAGUACUCAAGGCUCAACGGCCAAUGGGGGGAGGGAACCCUGCAUUCAAAUUUGACUCUCCGAAAAGAUACUUCUCUUACCUUUUUUAGUAUUAUAAAAGUUCUGGAACAAAAAUGAAAGACACUGCAGCUCAUCGUUAUAACUGAUCAGUUAUAAUAGAUGGAUAGGUUGAGUGAAAAACGAUAUUAUUAGCAUGUCUCGAUACUUGUUUGAUAGAUCUGUCGCGAACUCAUGUAUUAGUAAUGCGUAACUGAUAGGUUUAUCUUUACCUUUGUGUAUUGCCUUUGCGUGAAAGCAUUCAGCAGACUCCAAAAACCGAUAAACACCUUUGGAAGAGCAUGGAUAUAAAAACAAACAAACAAUGAUUUAAUAUAGUACAUCAACUCCCAUAUGAAUUAAAGUCUGCUAAUGUAGCAAACAGCAUAUACUUAUAUACACAUAUAUAAAUGUAUAUUUAGGCAAAUGGUUGCGCAGCAUAUUGUUAAAUAAGGACUCCGAUGCAAUAUUCUAUUUUGUCACAUGGUACCUGGCUUAAAAGACUGUCUCUUACCGGCUGUAAAUAAAACAAAAGUAACAUGAAAAUGAAUUCACAGAUAAAACAUUUAUAAUCCAAUUUUAUUACUUUUUAUCCAGCAUGAAGUUGGCCCCUGUUUUUUUGUAUCUUCACAAUUCACGAAUCUGAGUAAACCUAAUUAGUCCGAAAGCAGUCCAUAUUGUUCUGAUAUAAAACAAUAUAUAACUAAAAGUAUGUUUUACUCGGAUAAACGCAUACCACAACGGUUCAGCGUAUAGCAUUUUAGAUCUGUUUUAAAUUAAUUUUUUUUAACGAAAGCCAAGUUGAUGUUUAUGGACUCCGAACAAACUAUAUAGAUGUAAAAGUGUUAUCAUAGGAAGCGGAAAGUGGAAUAUUAUCAUUGAUUACAUUCAUAAAUUACACAGACUUUGGGAUGAAUGGAAAAUAAUAAGCAAAAGCUAAGAAAUAUUCGAUAUAAGCUACUGUGACAGGUCAGAAGUAUAUUCUAAAAUCGAUGUUUAUUAACUGUUAUAGUUGAGGCAUAUGAGUGAUGAUUGUGUAGCGCAGAUAGUGCGACAUAGUAACUGAAUAUUCAAUGCAUAUUGAGUGUAUACAAAGAACAAACACACAAACCAAAAAUAUGGGAUCUAGGACAGGAGGAAACCAAAACUUUAAAAUCAAAUCAGUAAUGUACUUGUAGGUCGUGAAGCAGGGGAAAAAACUGCACAUUCACAAAAAGGCUGUUAGAGAAGCAUUAUUAUAAAGUGGAUCUUUUUUAAUAUGGUAUGAUAUUGAACCUUUAACGCAAUGAUGAAGUCUACACCAUGGGUUUUUUUCCUAUCACACCAAACUUGUUGGUGCUGCAAAGGGGGCAAUGAGGGCAAUUUAAGAUAGCUUUUACGUCCGAUGGCAUAUGGUUGUUCACAAACAAUAAAUAAGAAAAAAAAUUAUUCUUUUUGUGAUGAUAUAGCUGUGCACUUCCGUAACCCAAUGCCCUUGGUUCAAUUCAAGCGCAACGCAAUGCAACAAUAACCACUGAAUUUGAUAAAUUCAAAAGCAUUAAAUAGAUAUGUGGACUGGACAAUCUUUGACUAAGAUAAAAAAAAAACAGAAAUUGUAGACAGUGUAAUGUACAAUGGUGUAAGCAGCCGAUUCAUCCAAUAGCUGCAAGCGUUAUAUUUGUUCAGCUGUACUUCAUUCGAUGCGCGUAGCGUAGGUGAGAAAUAACUAACGAGGCCAUUAGCUUUCGCGCGGUUAAGCGGUAUUAUUGCGAAACGAUUGCUUUAUCUCCCGGACGAUGUAAUUGCUUGUAAAUAGCAAACGUCAUCACUAUACGGCAAUACGCGGCUAUAUGUCAGAAGGCUACUCUUCUUCAACAUUGGAAGCAUCUCAAUAACAAAUUUAAACAUAUAAAAUGUACAAGCUAGUAUACAAAAAUAAAAAGAAUAUGUUACAAUAUUAUACUUAUUAUUAUUCACAUUGCACCAUUAACGUUUUGACAUUGAAUUUGAUUUACCAUGAGCGACACAUGUUACCUAUUUUAUUUUAAACUUG